AUGGAAGACGUAGAUCUACUUCGAACUGCCAGAUGCAGCAAGAGAAUGCGUGUCGUCAUCAAAUCAUGUGGAAGAGACAUUGGCUACAGCACAUGGACACCAGAACAAAAGAACCGACUAAACUUGAAAGAUAUAAUGGACUUAUUCCAUCUCUUCCGAGAGUCUGAGCCAGAGGAAUUCCAGGCGCGAUUCCAACUGGGAAUCAGAGUUUCUGCUCAGUUAAUCUGUCGUUUGGAGAUACUUCCUAAAAGUAUUGCUUUGUCCCCGAUCGUAGAGAUGCCAGUCUAUUUCAAACCAGAAAUAUAUUUUGAUUCAAUUCAAAAUCUUGAUGAAAACGAUACAUCGAUUGAACAUCUAAAUCUUGGUUCAAUGGUUCCGGUGGCCAAAAAAGGAGUGAAAAAGUUCAAUAGUUAUUCAGAAAACCAGCUUGAAGGUUUUAUAAAUGCCGUUCAUUAUUUCGAAUCAAUUUUUGGCUGUAGAUUGAUAAAAGUUUGCAUUGAUGGAACAGACACUGAUGAGUUCUCAAUGAACCUCAGGAACGUUGUCGAAGGACUCAAUCUAUCAAAUCUUACUAUGAACGCCUGGGAGCUACAUAAUCUUGCAAAAGUUAAUAGAAACGACUUAUCUUAUAUCUUGGAAAAUGUAAACACGGAAGCAUUGGCCUACGUCUGUCACUCAUUUGCUCCUCAACACAAUGCAGCUGAACAUAUCCAAGAGUGUAUCCUAUUAGAUAAUAUCACAAAAAUCAGAUGUACACGCUUGGUUUUAGCUAUUUCAAAUUGUUCGCAUCGCACAAUUGUCAAUUUCAUUUCCAACUGGUUGUCUGAGCCAGUUUUGUGGGGUAAAACUGCGUGUGUUGCGCUGAAUGAAAUGGCAAAUAUGGAAUUGAUUUUUGACAGUCUGCGAGGAAACCGAAGUGGAGAGCAAUUGAAUUUCAAUGUUGUUCACAGAGCUGAUAAGGAUUGGCAAAUCAUCACACGCUGCGAUAAGGUAUUGAAUAUCAGUCUGUUAGCCGGUAAACACGUCGUAUUAAAAUGUUGA